UUUAACCAAAUCUUUCUCUCUUUCCCUUUCCCUUCCUUUUCCUUCCCUUACAAACAGGGAGAGUAGUCUAGUAAUCUACACCACAUUGGCCACCGAGGGUGGUGUUUUUGAGUGACCAUUAAUGACUGCUCCUUGGGGCGACCCCGCCAGGGGUCGGUUUUGGUCCCAAAUGUUGGUGGCUUUGGUUGUUGUUGUCGUUGCUGUUGCGAGUAAUGUAGGUGCCGUGUCGGCUGAUAGUUAUGUAUACUCUUCACCUCCUCCACCACCUUAUGAGUAUAAGUCACCUCCACCACCUUCUCUAUCUCCCCCACCACCAUACGUGUAUAAAUCUCCACCAUCUCCUUCGCCUUCUCCACCACCACCUUAUGUGUAUAAGUCACCACCACCUCCAUCGAAACAUGAAGUACUGAACCCUCCAUACCACUAUAAAUCUCCACCACCACCGUCUCCAUCACCUCCUCCUCCAUACUAUUAUAAGUCUCCUCCACCACCAUCCCCGUCACCACCUCCUCUAUACUACUACAAGUCUCCACCACCACUAUCCCCAUCACCACCUCCCCCGUACUACUACAAGUCUCCACCACCUCCGUCCCUAUCCCCACCUCCUCCAUAUUACUAUAAGUCUCCACCACCUCCGUCCCCGUCACCACCUCCUCCUUAUUACUACAAAUCCCCACCACCUCCAUCUCCUUCCCCACCUCCUCCAUACUACUACAAGUCCCCACCUCCUCCAUCUCCAUCUCCACUUCCUCCAUAUUACUACAAGUCUCCACCACCACCGUCCCCAUCACCACCUCCUCCUUACUACUACAAAUCCCCGCCACCUCUAUCUCCUUCCCCACCACCACCUUACUACUACAAGUCCCCACCACCUCCAGUGAAGUCUCCCCCACCACCAUACUACUAUAAGUCUCCUCCUCCACCUUCUCCUUCACCACCCCCACCUUACUAUUAUAAGUCUCCACCACCACCAUCACCAUCUCCACCACCUACUUACUACUACAAAUCUCCACCACCACCCUCACCAUCUCCACCACCACCUUACUACUACAAGUCGCCACCACCUCCAGUGAAGUCUCCCCCACCACCAUACUAUUACAAGUCUCCCCCACCACCAUCACCAUCUCCACCACCUCCUUACUACUACAAGUCUCCACCACCACCUUCACCAUCUCCACCACCUUACUACUAUAAGUCUCCGCCACCUCCUCCGCAUUAUGUCUCUCCACCAUACUACUACAAAUCUCCACCUCCUCCAACUCCAUAUCAUCCCGCCCCUCACCCCCACCCCCACCCACUCAUAGUCAAGGUCGUUGGUAAAGUUUACUGCUACAGGUGCUAUGACUGGAGCUAUCCAGUAAAAUCGCACAACAAGAAACAUCUCAAAGAUGCUGUUGUGGAAGUGACUUGCAAGGUUGGAGAAAAGGAGAUCACAGCUUACGGAAAAACCAAAAUCAAUGGAAAAUUUAGCAUCACAGUUGAAGGAUUUAACUAUGCCAAAUAUGGAGCUGAGGCAUGCAAGGCCAAGCUUCAUGCCCCACCCAAGGGUUCAUCUUGCAACAUUGCUACCAGUCUUCAUGGGGGCAACAAGGGUGCCAUGCUCGCGGUGAAGUCCAAGGACAAGUAUGAGUUUGUGCUCAAGGCUAAGCCAUUUGCCUAUGCUCCAAGGACCCCCAAAGAGUGUGAGAAGCCAAAGCCAAAGCCUACUCCAGCUCCUUACUAUUAUACCUCUCCACCACCACCAUCGCCUACUUAUGUUUACAAGUCACCACCUCCUCCACCAUACUAUUAUAAGUCCCCGCCACCACCAAGCCCCACUUAUGUUUAUAAGUCACCACCACCACCAAGCCCUACCUAUGUUUACAAGUCACCACCACCUCCACCAUACUACUACAAAUCUCCACCCCCACCAGUCCACUCUCCACCCCAACCAUAUUAUUACAAGUCUCCACCACCACCUUCUCCUUCACCACCUCCACCAUAUUAUUACAAGUCUCCACCACCACCUUCUCCUUCACCACCUCCACCAUACUACUACAAAUCACCUCCACCUCCUUCACCAUCUCCUCCACCGCCAUACUACUACCAAUCACCACCACCUCCAGUGAAGGCCCCUGCACCAACCUACCAUUACAACUCCCCUCCUCCACCAUCAUCAUCUCUUCCUCCUCCUUACUACUACAAAUCCCCACCACCUCCAUCUCCAUCUCCAUUACCACCACCUUCAUACUAUUACAAAUCCCCUCCUCCACCGUCGCCAUCUCCACCUCCACCUUACUACUACAAGUCCCCACCACCACCAGUCCACUCUCCACCACCACCAUACUACUACAAAUCUCCACCACCACCAGUCCACUCUCCACCACCACCAUACUAUUACAAAUCUCCACCACCACCAAUUCAUUCUCCUCCACCACCAUACUACUACAAAUCACCACCUCCUCCUUCUCCAUCUCCCCCACCACCAUACUAUUACAAGUCCCCACCACCACCAGUCUAUUCCCCUCCACCACCAUACUAUUACAAAUCACCACCACCUCCAGUGAAGGUUCCAGCACCAGCUUACCACUACAACUCCCCUCCUCCACCAUCACCAUCACCACCGCCACCAUACUACUACAAAUCCCCACCUCCUCCAAGUCCAUCGCCACCACUACCAUACUACUACAAAUCUCCUCCUCCCCCAUCACCAUCUCCUCCUCCUCCCUACUACUACAAAUCUCCACCACCUCCAUCUCCAUCACCACCACCACCAUACUACUACAAAUCUCCACCUCCCCCAUCACCUUCUCCACCACCACCAGUCCACUCUCCACCACCACCCUACUAUUACAAGUCCCCACCUCCUCCAUCCUCUUCACCCCCUCCCCGAUACUACUAUCACUCACCUCCCCCACCAGUGAAAUCACCUCCACCUCCAGCCUAUAUUUACGCUUCUCCUCCACCGCCAACUCACUAUUGAGUCUAGAAAUAUCAACCACAAAAUCGCAAGGUUCAUGUUCUAGUUUCUCAAAAAGAAUAAAAAAAGGCACCAAGGAGAGAAAAUUUGGUCAUGAAAGAUUUUCAAGUCCAUUGAAUAAGAGUUUGGACAUUGCAUUUGGGAGCUACGAUUUCGAUAGUCCAAGCCAUAUUGCUUCCAAUUCUUUGGUGGCCAUCUUACACAUUCUCUUAAUUUGUUCAAGUGGCUGGGGAAGAAAGCUUGAUUGGAAACUUUCCUAGUGGCUGUUUAAUUAUCGUUCAAUAACAUCUAUAAUUAUAUUGGUUUUCACCUAAUUUAAUUGUGCACUUUCUGUGUAAGCGUUUCUAUUUAUUGUGGGCAUGCAUUUGUGAUUUUGUGAGACUUUCUUGUACUAUUUGCACCCGAAUUGUUAGCUAAUAAAAGAAUUUUUUCAUAAAAUAUAUAGAA